AUGAAAGCCAUCUACGCUGUUCCGGCGACCUUCGCCCUCGUCUACCGGGCCUGGUCGCACCAGUCCCUCACCCCUGCGGGCAUCGUCGCUGCCGUCAUCACAGCCAUCGCGCACGCCUACCACCCGUGGAACCUGCCAUUCGCGCUGCUGUGCACUUUCUUCCUUGCCGGUACCAGAGCAACAAAGGUCAAGCACCAUGUCAAAGCUCAGAUGACGAUGGCCGCCCGAGGCACACCGGGAGGUGAAGGAGCGCGCACCCACGUCCAAGUCUUCGCCAAUUCGUUGAUGGCCUCAUGUCUCUCCCUCCUCCACGCCUAUCAACUGAACAAACGAAAGGCCGCGAUCCUCGACUCGACGACCCCGAACCCUUCCGGUACUCUCUGCUACUCCUGGGGCGGCGACCUACUUGUCGUCGGCAUCAUCGCAAACUACGCUGCUGUCGCCGCCGACACGUUCAGCUCGGAACUGGGAAUCCUGGCCAAAGGGGAACCCCGCCUGAUCACGUCUCUGACCCUGCGCAAGGUCCCGCGCGGCACCAACGGUGGCGUCACCCCGCUCGGCAUCGCCGCCGGCGCGCUGGGCUCCAUGAUCGUCGUCACGGCCUCGAUGAUCUUCCUCCCGCUCUGCGGCGACGACAGCGCCGGAAUUUCCGCGUGGACGAACCAGCAGCGGUCGACCUUCAUGCUGGCGAUGACGCUCUGGGGCGUCCUUGGAAGCCUGCUCGACAGCGUCCUCGGCGCCGUCUUCCAGCGCUCCGUCCGUGAUGUGCGCACCGGGAAGAUUGUCGAGGGCGAGGGUGGUACCAAGGUCCUCAUCUCGUCCGAUGCGUCUGAUCACGCCGACAAGAACCAGAAGCGCGCCGCCAUCAAGGCCGCGGCGCUUCACGGAGAGGGCAAGCGCGCCGUCGAGCAGAUGCAAGAGGUCGACGGUGUAGAGCCCGCCGAGACCAGCGACGCGAAGAAAAGAUACGACCCGGAGGACAAGCACCGCAAGCCGACGAUGGGUGACGCCAAGCCCUCGCGGGUCGUCGAGACGGGCUGGGACUUGCUGGACAACAACGACGUCAACUUUCUGAUGGCCUUCACCAUGAGCAUGGGGGCCAUGGGCGUCGCCAGCUGGUUCUGGGGUGUGCCGAUCGAGUCGAUUCUCGACCUGUAG